CUCUAUUUGGUUUAGGGUAAAUAUCUGAGCAGAAGAAUGGGAUGAAGACUGAUAUGUACUCAUGAUAUGAGUUUAUAACAAUAACUAUAAUUUACCAAAUGUGUUCGCAAAGGUAAAACAAUUUGCAAUUCAUUCCAAAGAGGACAACGCCCUCACAAAAUACAUGAGAAAUGUAUGCCAUUAGAUAGCUAGAAACUGGCUGACAGUUUUUGGCUAGAUAUUAUUCUGCAGAGCUAACGUUGGCAAGUUAGCUUGCUGCUAGCAAGUUAGCUAACUUGCUAGCGUUAUCGUCGGACAAGCUAAUAGCUAACUUAACUAGCUAACCCAAAUAGUAGUUCGCUUGCCAUUUAGUCUGUGAAAUACAUGGAUUUCAUUCAUAUAUUCAUCUAACUUUCUUUGCCCUUGUCAUAUCACCAUCUUUUAGUUAGCUAACUAUACGUUAGUUAGGUAGUUAGCCCUGUUAAAAAUGUAACGUUAGCUAGCUAACUUAGCCACCUUACUUAUUGCAAAGUUAACUAGUUACUGUAGCAUUAGUUACCAUAGUAAAUUGACAACUAACGGCCAGCUAGCUAAACGUUUUGUUGCUAAUUAAUAUACUAUCUUUCGAUCAUUAAAUGUUCAUAUAACGCUUGAUUUAUCACUCGACUAUUGCCACUUUUAAUAACCGACAUGCUAGUUGGCUAACUAACCGCUUGUGUAACUUUAGCUAGUUAGCGGUAAUCUAGCUAGCUAGUUUACGAUAGCCUGCUAGCUAACUACCUCGUUUAGUAAAUUAGGCUAGCUAGCUAUCUUAGUAAAUUAGGCUUGGUAGCUAUCUUAGUAAAUUAAGCUAGCUAGCUAGUUAAAGAAUAAUAUGAAAAUAUAUGGUUGACGUUUGUUAGUCAACUCAACAUACGAGUUGAUUAACUAGCUAACUAGCACUGGUAUGAAUGAUUGUGCAUGAUGUUUUAAUUAGUAAAAGGUGUCAGUUGGGUGAGUAUAUGUGGUGUCAUUUUAGCCAGAAUAGAUUCUGACCCUACACUUGCUUACAGUUGCACUGGGGUCAGACAGGCUUCCUGUUUACAUUAAGACACUGCUGAGCUGGCACAAGAUAUGGCUCAGAAAACGUACCUCAAUACAGGGAUGAGAAAUGCAUUGUACUCUGAAUUGUCCCAUUAUUCCAACUGUUACACCGAGAAGAUUGAACGACUGAUAGCUAAUAGCCACAGCUGCCAUUAUGGAAUUGCUGCUGUGGCUUCUGCUACCUACUAUGAGGACGAAAAGGUCACUUUUAUGGAAAAACUAGAAGUCAUUCAAUCUUCUGUGUAACAGUUGGUAUAAUGGGAGAAUUCGGAGUACAAUGAAUUUCUCAUCCCUCGAUUGAGGUACUUUUUUUGAGCUAUAUCUUGCACCGGCUCCGCGGUGUCUUAAUCGAAACUGGAAGCCUGUCUGACCCCAAUGCAGCUGUAAACAAGUGUAGGGUCUGAAUCUAUUCUGGCUAGUGGCAUGUCUGAACAGCUUGUUUGAAAGCCAGUUGGCUUACUAGAGAGGACGUUAGCUAGCUAGCCAGCUAUCUGUUUGAAGAACGUUUUUGCUUUAUGAAUCAACUGGAAUACUGCUGACCAAUGUGAGCAAACUAUCAUGCUAGCUAGCUAGUUCAACAAGACAAUAUUGUUCAUUCUGUUACUUAAGCCAUAUAGCUAGCUAGCUAAUCACCUUCCCAUAGGGUGCCAAUUGAACGGGUAUCAGAUAGUUAACCUUCGUGUAGGGUUGUGGGUUCGUUUCCCACGGGGGGCCAGUAUGAAAAUGUAUGCACUCACUAACUGUAAGUUGCUCUGGAUAAGAGCGUCUGCUAAAUGACUAAAAUGUAAAAUGUUAACCUGGUCUAACCAUGACCUUUUUGUUUUGUUUUCAGCUGCCACAGACAGACAGAUCAUCAGUCUCCAGACGUUGUGAAGAUGAGCAAGAAGGUUCCUUAUCGUCCAGGGAUCACUUUUGAAGUUGGUGCUAGAAUUGAAGCUCAAGACUAUCUACAAAAAUGGUAUGUAACAGUCAAGUUCCUUUAUGUAAUUGUGUGCAUAGUGAAACAUAGUAGAGGUUUUAUUUUGUUCUUGUUUUCAUUUGUCUUCUGUCUUAUACAACCCAGGUACUCCUCACGCAUUGAGGACAUUGAUUUCGAUGAGGGGAAGAUGCUUGUCCACUUUGAUCGUUGGAGCCAUCGCUAUGACGAGUGGAUCGCCUGGGACAGCACUCGACUGCGGCCUCUUGAAAGGCCAACACUCCGUAAAGAGGGACUGAAGGAAGAGGAGGGGGAGAUGACUGUAGGUGUUUUUGUCCAGCCACAGACUAUUUCUCAAUUAGUCUCUCCACGGUUCCUCGCAUCCUAUUUCCUUGACGCGUUCUCAAUCGUAUUGGAGGAGAAGGUCCAAGGUCCCUCCCCUCAGACCUUCUUCUCCAUUUGAGAAGAUGUGAGGAAUUGAGAAAAUAUUAAUUGGGAGAGUCACAGACUCCCCCACGUACUGUGGCUUGCAAUAUAUGGAUGGAUUUGAUUAAACUCAUAUGGCAUGCCAAGAACUCACAACGUCUUUCUCUGGGUUAGAGACAGUUUGCCUCAUGAGGAGUUUUGUAGCAGAUGGAUGAGUGUGCAGUCAAUCGGAUGAGUGAUAGAUGGAUAGUAGUAACAUAAAGAUUCUGAGUGAACUAAAUUUUAAAAGAAUUAACAAAUUGUUUAUGCCUUAUAUCUUAUAAAUAUUUCUACCAGGAGAGACUCAGCGAGAUGUCAGCAUCUCGCCUUGAUGAGCUUCCUGGAUGUACAGAGAGCACAGAGGACCAAACAGAGUUACCGCAGCCGAGACAAGUAUACAUACAUUCCCAGUGUCCCAUUUUUCAGUGAUUUGGCUGAAUUAUUAACUGCUUGGUCUCACUCACUGUUUCGGUUCUUCACAUAACACAGCUUUGGUCAAAACUGUCAGAUCAUUUUUGUUGAGGCAUAACUGAAUCUGACAUAUAGCUAUACCAGAGUUUAGGCCGUUGCCAUACUGCAGCGCUAUACUGUGGUCUAAAGGGGCUCAUUCUGUGUCAUUCAAGCUUUUUGUCUUUGUGUUCCUGUCAUAUGUUUGUAACAUUUAUCUUUGAGCUUUUCGUGUUACAAACUUUCCCCUUUGCCUUAAAGGUCCAAUGCAGCCGUUAUUAUCUCAAUAUUAAAUCAUUUAGUACCAUACUGUGAUUGUUUUCAAUUAAAAUGGUCAAAAAGAAACAAAAAUAGCUUCUUAGCAAAGAGCCAUUUCUCAAGCAAGGAUUUUGCUAGGACUGUCUGGGAGUGGUCUGAAUGAGGAGGGGAAAACUGAAAACUUGCUGUUGUUGGCAGAGAGGUUUGGAACUCUCUUUCUUAUUGGUCUAUUAACUAAUUUACCACCUGGUGAUGUCACCAGGCACUCCAAAACUCCAUCCCAACCGAAACAGGCUGAAAUUUCAGGCGGCCUUUUCAAACAGCUCUUACACUAAAAGGGCAUUAUCAUUUCACAGUAUUAUUCCAACCUCAGUGUGGAAAUGUAUAUAACACACAGGAAAUCACGUUUUUUUUACUGCACUGGGCCUUUAAUGAAAUGUUCAAGCUACACUUGCAACCUUACAAGAAAUUCCUUACAUCCUGAAUCAGAAAACAUUUAGUGCUUCUACAGUAAUGUGGAUACAAGUACAGUAUCUAUACUGGACAAAAAUAUAAAUGCAACAAUUUCAAAGAUUGUACUGAGUUACAGUUCAUAGAAAAAAAAUCUGUCAAUUGAAGUAAAUUCAUUAGGCCCUAAUCUAUGGAUUUCACGACUGGGCAGGGGAGCAGCCAUGGGUGGGCCUGGAAGGUCAUAGGCCCACCCACUUGGGAGCCAGGCACAGCCAAUCAGAAUUCGUUUUUUUCCCACAAAAGGGCUUUAUUACAGACAGAAAUACUCCUCACCAAACUUUUGUAUCUCAUGACACGUGUUUGUGAAAUACAUAUUUAGAGUAAUGGAGGUUUGUGUUUGGCUUGUUUUACAGGAAUUGAGAGAUGGUGAAGAGGUGCUUGCUCGAUGGACAGAUUGUCGCUACUAUCCUGCAAAGAUUGAAUCUGUAAACAAAGAGGGUAUUUAUCACUUUAACUAUUUCUAAGACAGGAGCAGGACAUAUGGCCAGUACACACAACACACUGACUUGCAAUUGUGUUCCCCAACCUAAGUGUCUUUGUUCAAUUCUAGGUACCUACACGGUGCAGUUUUAUGAUGGAGUUAUUCGCUGUGUGAAAAGAAUUCAUAUCAAAUCCAUGCCCGAUGAUGCAAAAGGACAGGUGAGCUGGUCACAUGAUCAUACAAUCAAUUCUGGAAUCAGCAUGAGCAUGGCAUUCCUCCAAUAGAAGAAAGAAACAUAGCUUAGUAAGAAUCUGGCAUUAUAGCUAAGAAUCUGGCAUUAUAGCUAAGAAUCUGGCAUUAUAGCUAAGAAUCUGGCAUUAUAGCUAAGAAUCUGGCAUUAUAGCUAAGAAUCUGGCAUUAUAGCUAAGAAUCUGGCAUUAUAGCUAAGAGUCUGCAUUACACUGUGUGCACAAUUAUAAGGCAAGUUGUAUGUUUGAGGAUUAAUUUUAUUAUUGAACAACUACAGUGCUCUCGGUCAAUCCAAAAUGUUAAUAAACCUCAACCUGAAUAUUUAAGUAAAAGUGAGGUUUUGGCUUUCUUUGGAGAAUAUCUAUGUGUGCACAAUUAUUGGGCAACUAUUAGUGUGCAGAAUUAUUAUGCAACUAAAUGAAAAACGAAAAGUUCCCCAUCUCACUUGUUUAUUUUCAUCUGUUAAAGUGAGAAUAAUAAACAAACAACUCAACAUUUACAAAUAAACAUUUCUGACAUUUCAACAACAAAAAAUCAGUGACCAAUAUAGCCACCCUUCUUUUCAAUAACAGUCAUAAGCCUUCCAUCCAUGGAGUCUGUCAGUUUCUUGAUCUGUUGACGAUCAACUUUUUGUGCAGCAGCAACCACAGCCUCCCAGACACUGGUCAGAGAGGGGUACUGUUUUCCUUCACCGUAAAUCGACCGUUUAAGAAGGGACCACAAGUUCUCAAUAGGGUUUAGGUCAGGUGAGGAAGGGGGCCAUGUCAUUAUUGUUUCAUCUUUAAGGCCUUUACUGGCUAGCCACGCAGUGGAGUACUUCGAUACAUGCGAUGGAGCAUUGUCCUGCAUAAAAAUCAUGGUCUCUUGAAAAGAUGCAGACUUUUUCCUGUACCACUGCUUGAAGAAAGUGUCUUCUAAAAACUGGCAGUAGGUUUGGGAGUUGAGUUUGAGUCCAUCUUCAACUCGAAAAGCUCCAACUAGCUCAUCUUUAAUAAUACCAGCCCAUACCAGUACCCCACCUCCACCUUGCUGGCGUCUGAGUCGAAGUGGAGCUCCGUGCCCGUUACUGAUCCAGCCAUGGGCCCAUCCAUCUGGUCCGUCAAGAGUCACUCUCAUCUCAUCAGUCCAUAAAACCUUUGAAAAAUCUGUCUUCAGAUAUUUCUUGGCCCAGUCUUGACGUUUCAACUUAUGUGUCUUGUUCAGUGGUGGUCGGGUUUCAGCCUUCCUUACCUUGGCCAUGUCUCUGAGCACUGAACACCUUGUACUUCUGGGCACUCCAGGUAGGUUGCAGUUCUGGAAUAUGACAGCACUGGAGGAUAAUGGGUUCCUGGUAGCUUCACGUUUGAUUCUUCUCAAAUCUUUGGCAGUUAAUUUGCGUCUUUUUUUCUCAACACGAUUCUUGCAACCCUGUUGACUAUUUGCAACAAAACGUUUGAUGGUUCUGUGAUCACGCCCCAAUAUCUUAGCAAUUUCAAGAGUGCUGCAACCUUCAGAGUCAGUUAAAUCUCUUUUUUGGCCCAUUUUGCCUGAGGAAAAGAAGCUGCCUAAUAAUUAUACACACCUUGAUGUAGGGUGUUGAUCUCCUUAGGCCACACCCUCCCUCAUUACACAAAUACACAUCACCUGAUAUGCUUAAAUCCAAUAAGCAUUCCAGUUUAUGCAGCUUGGAGUUGGGAAAUAUGCAUAAUAAUGAUGAUAUGGUCAAAAUACUGACUUGCCUAAUAAUUGUGCACACAGUGUAUAGCUAAGAAUUGGCAUUUAUAGAUAUACUGAUUAAUAGAAGGCAAGUAAAAAUUCCUGAAAGUCUAUUGUAGGUUGUAGACAGUGUAGGAUACCAUAAUUUUCUAUUUCACUUCUCCCUCUUUUUCAGAAGGUAAAGGGCAACAGGGAAUUGCUGGAUUUAAUGCGAAGGCUGAUUCCCACAGUCCUGGCAGGAUAGACUUGCUGGCAUCUCCCUUGUUCCAACCAGCAGACACUCUCCAAGGAGACCACAGUCUAAUCUUACUUACUACUUAAUUAAGAUUUCAUUUAUUUGACUUAGAAUGUUUUUACUUUAGUGUGCAGCACACUUGGAAAGUAGUAGCUAAUAGUUAAAACAGAUGUCCGUACAGGCUAAAUAUAGUGAUUCUUUACUAUUGAGGCUUACUGUUUUCUCACCGACCAAGGUCGUGACCUAGUCUUACAUCUAGAGAAUCUCUUUAGUCAGGGUUAAGCAGGUUCCUUCUCCACACACUAAGUCCGAGUCCCAAAUGGUAGUAGGGGUACCAUUUGGGACGUAACCUAAUUAACUUACAGCAGCAGCCUAUAGAAUAGAUGCAUUUAUCAGACGUUUGAUCUAACCAGGAGUCUCUUAAUACUACUAAUAAUAACAAAAUAUGAAUACAUUGGAUUUAAAGUGCCUUUCAAACAACAACAAGGACAAUGUACAACAAAACUAAAUAGAAAAAAAAGCUAUGGAUAAAACAACUCUCUCCUCCAACAGGACUGGAUAGCCCUGGUUAAAGCUGCCUCGGCUGCAGCCAAGGGCAAAGGAAGCAGUACAGCUCGUACCAGUGCCAACAGCAACAAGGACAGGGACGACCCUCACGGAGGGAAGUCUGACGAUGAGGAUGGUGAAGAAGAGAUGGAUGAAGAGCUGCAGGAUCAGUCCGACUCUGACAAACUGGGUAACUUGAGUCCUCUCCUUAUGGUCUCCUGGUCAAAAGUAGUGCACUAUAUAGGGAACUAUAUUGGGACACAGCCUUAAAAAUGAAUUGUAAUUUCUCAGUGCCUGUUGUCAUGUAGCCAGUAUGUUAGUAUCAUACAGCAGUGAUAUGGAGUAGUGGUAUCAUUUAGAUGUUACUGUUGUCAUGUAGCCAGUAUGUUAGUAUCAUACAGCAGUGAUAUGUAAAGAAUCACUGUUCUCCUGAGUGGCGCAGUGGUCUAAGGCACUGCAUCGCAGUGCAAACUGUGCCACUAGAGAUCCUGGUUCGAAUCCAGGCUCUGUCGCAGCCGGCCGCGACCGGGAGACUCAUGGGCGGCGCACAAUUGGCCCAGCGUCGUCCAGGGUAGGGGAGGGAAUAGCCGGCAGGGAUGUAGCUCAGUUGAUAGAGCAUGGCGUUUGCAACGCCAGGGUUGUGGGUUCGAUUCCCACGGGGGGCCAGUAUAAAAAAAAUAUGUAUUCACUAACUGUAAGUCGCUCUGGAUAAGAGCGUCUGCUAAAAUGACUAAAAUGUAAAUAUGGAGUAGUGGUAUCAUUUAGAUGUUGCUGUUUCACCCCAGAGGGUCCAGGCCUGUAAAACCGCAGGUCAUAUUUCACCCCAGGGCCCUCAUUCUUAGUUAACCAUCACAUUUACAAUGUGUCUCCCAAAUGGCACCCUAUUCCCUUUACAGUGCACUACCUUUGACCAGGGGACUGGGUCAAAAGUAGUGCACUAUAGAGGAUACAGGGUGCCAUUUGGGAGACACAUUGUGUGUUGGGUUCCAACCGGUCCUAUUCCUCUGUCUUCAGGAUCCCAUGAAGAUGAUGCUGACUGCAAGAAGGAGCGGACAGAAGUCCAGGUGACGUCCCAACAACAGGUACCAGCUAGUCACUACUGUAGUGUAGAUAAUGUCCCAACAACAGGUACCAGCUAGUCACUACUGUAGUGUAGAUAAUGUCCCAACAACAGGUACCAGCUAGUCACUACUGUAGUGUAGAUAAUGUACCAACAACAGGUACCAGCUAGUCACUACUGUAGUGUAGAUAAUGUACCAGCUAGUCACUACUGUAGUGUAGAUAAUGUACCAGCUAGUCACUACUGUAGUGUAGAUAAUGUACCAGCUAGUCACUACUGUAGUGUAGAUAAUGUACCAACAACACGUACCAGCUAGUCACUACUGUAGUGUAGAUAAUGUACCAGCUAGUCACUACUGUAGUGUAGAUAAUGUACCAGCUAGUCACUACUGUAGUGUAGAUAAUGUACCAGCUAGUCACUCACCAAAUAAGGCUAUCUUCUAUAUACCACCCCUACCUUGUCACAACACAACUGAUUGGCUCAAACGCAUUAAGAAGGAAAUAAAUUCCACAAAUUAACUUUUUAAGAAGGGACACCUGUUUAUUGAAAUACAUUCCAGGUGACUACCUCAUGAAGCUGGUUGAGAAAAUGCCAAGAGUGUGCAAAGCUGUCAUCAAGGCAAAGGGUGGCUACUUUGAAGAAUCUCAAAUAUAAAAUAUAUUUUGAUUUGUUUAACACUUUUUUGGUUACUACAUGAUUCCAUAUGUGUUAUUUCAUAGUUUUGAUUUCUUCACUAUUAUUCUACAAUGUAGAAAAAACCUGGAAUGAGUAGGUGUGUCCAAACUUUUGACUUGUACUGUAGAUAAAUAGAUAUAUAAAAAAUUGUGUGUGUAUUUAUAUAUAUAUAUAAAAGACAGACUUUGCUCCAUAGUAUGUUUAUUGGUUUUUCUAAGGUUGUGUCCCAAAUGGCACCCUAUUCCCUAUAUAGUGCACUGCUUUUGACCUAAGCCCAUAACAAAAGUAGUGUACUAAAUAGAGAAUAGGAUCCCAUUUGGCACUCUGCCUAAGAGUCAAUUCAUGGCAGCAAUCCCACGGUGUAUUCCUCGCUGUGUUCCUCCAGAAGGUGCCACGAACAGCAAACCGUGAUUCCAUACAAGGGCAGACCCAGAGAGAGACCCAGAGAGAGACCCAGAGAGAGACUGGGUCCUCAAUGACAGGCUCUCCAGCCAAGUGUCGGAACAGGCGUCUGAAGCACCACUCUGCCGAGUCCAACAGGUAGCUUUUGACAAGAUAGCUGUUGACUUUCAAUGCACCUAAAAAAAUCUGUGAGUUAUUUAUAUAUAUAUAUCAUAGUGUAUUGUAAUCGGGUAAUAAUUGGUAUUUAAUAAUGUCAUUGUAAGUUGUACUUGUAAUUCAGAUUUUUGCUGCUAUUUGUACAAUCAUUUGUCAAUAAUGAGGAACCCAUUCUCAUGGUUAACAGCAACCAGAACCCAGAGACCGUCCAGGCCGCCCUGCUCCAUCACUACUCUGUCCGCUGGGGAGGACACCAUGUCAGCUCCAGAGUCCAUGCUGAGUCCCUCCCCCAGACACAGCUGCCCUGACAUGGCUACCCUCAGGUCGGUCUGCUGAGGGACAGGAUCAUAGUGGAAAAAGUACUACCACUAACUGACUCAAAGUAGUGAAUGCUCUUAGACACAAGUGGUGUUACCAAUAUUUACUUUAUCUAUACAGUUUUUGGAAGAUUUUUUGGGGAAAAAACAAAACUAAUUGCCUCAGAAGACUUAAGGGGUACUAGGGAUGUGAUCACUGUCAGCACAAAACUAUUUUCCAUGAUGAUUCUUACUUGUUCAUUUGGUGGUUGUUAAGUGGCAUGGCUGUGCUUCCUCUUCCAACAGGGCAUGGUGAGGCGGUUCCUACAGGCUCCCCCAGGAGCUCAGAACAGAUCCAGAGGAGGAGACGCUCCCAGCGCCUGGCCACCGUCAGCCCUGAUAUAAACUCUGACUCCAGUGUGACCUCUCACCCCACCACCACCCAGUGCCCUGACCCCUCACCCCAUGGGAGGGAGCACAACACAUCUCACAAAGACCCCUCCUCCACUCCAGAGGGUGAGUGCAGCCUUGAGUGACAGGAUUUCUUCCUGGUUACCUACGUGACCUGGGUCAUAUUAACUAGGAACCAAAUGGAAGCAAAUGGGCCGAAACAGGGAGGGAACUACCUGAACUUGUCAAAUUAGAAAACGCUUGUUUUAAUUUAAAUUAAUUUUUCUACAGUGUGCACUAAUGAACACGACCCUGACCAAGAAACAAGAUGAACAACCAGGAAAGCACAUCUAUUUAUUCACCCCUGAAUCUAUUCUGUGUGUGAUGUUCCUCCUUAGAUCAAGUGGCAAACUCUGUGGAGAGGGCAGAGUCAUCGACCCUCCACAACUACUGUGUCGGCAUACCACCUAAACCUCCAACUACUGCCUCCAUCCUCACACCAUCUCAUUCACCAAUCACACACAGAGACCAGCUGACUGACGGGCCAUCAGCCAAUCAUACGGCAGUGGCAGACAAAUUCCCACCCUUAGCUGCAGGUAAUGCAUGACUGGGCAAGUUAUUUAUUCUCAACGGCUGCAUCUAAAAAUGGCACCCUAUUCCCUACAAAGUGCGCCAAAGUAGUGUACUUUAUAGGGGAAUAGGGUGCCGUUAGGGACACAUUGUACAGUAUAAUGUACACUACCAGUCCAAAGUUUGGACACCUACUCAUUCAAGGGUUUUUCUUUAUUUAUUACAAUUUUUUACAUUGCAGAAUAAUAGUGAAGACAUCAAAACUAUGAAAUAACACAUAUGGAAUCAAGUAGUAAACAAAAAAGGGUUAAACAAAUCAGAAUAUAUUUUAUAUUUGAGAUUCUUCAAAUAGCCACCCUUUGCCUUGAUGACAGCUUUGCACACUCUUGGCAUUCUCUCAACCAGCUUCACCUGGAAUGCUUUUUCAACAGACUUGAAGGAGUUCACACAUAUGCUGAGCACUUGUUGGCUGCUUUUCCUUCACUCUACGGUCCGACUCAUCCCAAACCAUCUCAAUUGGGUUGAGGUCGGGGGAUUGUGGAGGCCAGGUCAUCUGAUGCAGCACUCCAUCACUCUCCUUCUUGGUAAAAUAGCCCUUACACAGUUGGAGGUGUGUUGGGUCAUUGUCCUGUUGAAAAACAUAUGAUAGUCCCACUAAGCCGAAGCCAGAUGGGAUGGCGUAUCGCUGUAGAAUGCUGUGGUAGCCAUGCUGGUUAAGUGUGCCUUGAAUUCUAAAUAAAUCACAGACAGUGUCACCAGCAAAGCACCCCGACACCAUAACACCUCCUCCUCCAUGCUUCACGGUGGGAACUACAUAUGCGGAGAUCAUCCGUUCACCUACACCGCGUCUCACAAAGACACGGCGGUUGGAACCAAAAAUCUUCAAUUUGGACUCCAGACCAAAGGACAAAUUUCCACCGGUCUAUUGUCCAUUCCUCGUGUUUCUUGGCCUAAGCAAGUCUCUUCUUAUUGGUGUCCUUUAGUAGUGGUUUCUUUGCAGCAAUUCGACCAUGAAGGCCUGAUUCACACAGUCCCCUCCGAACAGUUGAUGUUGAGAUGUGUCUGUUACUUGAACUCUAUGAAGCAUUUAUUGGGGCUGCAAUUUCUGAAGCUGGUAACUCUAAUGAACUUAUCCUCUGCAGCAGAGGUAACUCUGGGUCUUCCAUUCCUGUGGUGGUCCUCAUGAGAGCCAGUUUCAUCAUAGCGCUUGAUGGUUUUUGCGACUGCACUUGAAGAAACUUCCAAAGUUCUUGAAAUGUUCCGUAUUGACUGACCUUCAUGUCUUAAAGUAAUGAUUGACUGUCGUUUCUCUUUGCUUUAAUAUGGACUUGGUCUUUUACCAAAUCGUCACAACACAACUGAUUGGCUCAAACGCAUUCCACAAAUUAACUUUUAAGAAGGCACACCUGUUAAUUGAAAUGCAUUCCAGGUGACUACCUCAUGAAGCUGGUUGAGAGAAUGCCUAGAGUGUGCAAAGCUGUCAUCAAGGCAAAGGGUGGCUAUUUGAAGAAUCCAAAAUCUAAAAUAUAUUUUGAAUUGUUUUAACACUUUUUUGGUUACUACAUGAUUCCAUAUGUGUUAUUUCACAGUUUUGAUGUCUUCACUAUUAUUCUACAAUGUAGAAAAUAGUAAAAAUAAAGAAAAACCCUCGAAUGAGUAGGUGUGUCCAAACUUUUGACUGGUACUGUAUGUUAGAUCAUUUCCUAAUCCAUCUGUGUUAUUUAUAGCCCCUGGUAGGAGGACAACCAGGACCCCUAAACUAAACAAGCACACCAGGGAGCCAAGUAGGUUUUCUCCUCAAGCUCAUUCCAUAUUAUUGUAGUUUGAUCGUAUUACGUUUAACCAUGACUUUUCGUUUCCUUCACGGGUUACUGCAAUUAUAAUUAAUGUUCCAAUAAGACGCUGAUCUUUACGAAGUCCUCUCUGUCCGAUAGAAUGAAAGCAUACUCAAACGCGCUUCAGCCCAGCUUGAACAUAAAGGGUGUCAGGUGCUCGACUGAGGGACUUGAUAAUCCAGAAAAGCAUUCCUUUCCCCUCACUGUGCCUCUCUCCUCUGUGUGUCACCUCUCACUCUUUCAGUCAUGAACACCAAGCGGUCUGAUGACCCUACGUCUCCCAACGACCUGGACCACUACAAGUGUAAGAUCCCCGGGUGCUCCAAGGCCUUCCGCAAAGCCAAGCUGCUGGACUACCACCUCAAGUAUUACCACAACGCUGACAAGGACCUCCAGGACUCUGAGCUGACAGGCUCCCCAGACAGGGCUGGUCGUACCCGGGCCACCUCAGCCUCCAUGCCCACCACCACCCUGCUGGAGGUCCCUGACAACGCAAAGAGACGCAGGACUGUCUCCACCUCAUCGUGUAUGGAUUUAGAUUUCAUUCAUUUGAAAACACAGUUAGUUGUAUGUAACAUGAAUACACAAAUUCACAAAACGGUGUUCCAAAUGACACCCUAUUCCCUAUAUAGUGCACUACUUUUGUCCAGAGCCCAACCUUAUACUCUGUCUCACCCCCCUCUGUCCCCCAGCUCUGUCCCUUCAGGGCCAUAUGUUUAUACUGUCUCCUCUGUCCCCUCAGGGCCAUAUGUUUUUAUACUGUCUCCUCUGUCCCCUCAGGGACAUAUGUUUUAUACUGUCUCAUCUGUCCACUCAGGGCCAUAUGUUUUAUACUGUCUCUUCUGUCCCCUCAGGGCCAUAUGUUUUAUACUGUCUCUUCUGUCCCCUCAGGGCCAUAUGUUUAUACUGUCUCUUCUGUCCCCUCUGGGCCAUAGGUUUAUACUGUCUCCUCUGUCCCCUCUGAGCCACAUGUUUAUACUGUCUCCUCUGUCCCCUCAGGGCCAUAUGUUUUAUACUGUCUCCUCUGUCCCCUCAGGGCCAUAUGUUUUAUACUGUCUCCUCUGUCCCCUCAGGGCCAUAUGUUUUAUACUGUCUCUUCUGUCCCCUCAGGGCCAUAUGUUUUAUACUUUCUCCUCUGUCCCCCAGCACUGUCCCCUCCGGGCCAUAUGUUCCAACUGGACUGUACUGGACUGGGGGGCUGUCUGAAACCUCCCAAGUUGAACAGGAAGAAGCGCUCCUCUGCCUCCAUGAGCUCUGACAGCACAGAGCUGUCUCUCCCUCCGCCGCCUCAGGAGAAGAGCUUUGAGUCCCUCCACGACAAGAUCCUGAAGAAGGUGAUCGAUAAGGACAAGCACCUGGAGCCAGGUUAGUGGCAGGGCAGUGGGCCUUCCUGAGGGCGUGUAAGGCUACUUCCCAAAUGGCACCCUAUUCCCUAUAUAGUGAACUGCUUUUGUUUUCAAGAUGUUUUCCAGUUUUAUUGUCACAUGCACAGGAUACAGCAGGUGUAAAACAGCACAGUGAAAUGCUUAAUUGGCCAGCUCUUUCCCAACAAUUAGAAGAAAAACACCUGAAAUACAAGAGAAGAAAAAUAAACAGUCAAAAGUAGUGCACUAUAUAAGGAAUAGGGUGCCAUUUGGGACGUAACUUAAAUCAACACAGUUAGCCGCAGAGGACUGUGAUCACAUUACGUACAUGUCUCCUACAGGAUUAAUGAAGAUUGAGAAGAAGGUGAAACUGGAGGAGAAAUGCCAGAUGAUCGGUGAGAUUGUGUUCAAUUUCUCUUGUUGCGGUCGUACUAAAUAAAGUAUCUCAAUUGUUCCCACAAACGAGUUGAUGAUUAAAUAAUGUUCUGCUUUUCAGGAAAAAAGAAGGACAAGGAUAAAGAGAGGAGGAAAGAGAAGGAUCACUUCAAAAUCAAACAGAAGAAGAAGAAGAAGAAGAAGAGGAAAUCCAAGCAACACUGUACGUUUAGUUGAGGUGCUGUAUCUUAAUGCUUCUCCAAGGGCUCCUGCUGUUGUGAAUCCAAGCCGCACUGUAAGUUUAGUUGCAGGUGCUGUAUCUUAAUGCUUCUCCAAGGGCUCCUGUUGUUGUGAAUCCAAGCGCACUGUAAGUUUUGUUGAGGUGCUGGAUCUUAAUGCUUCUCCAAGGGCUCCUGCUGUUGUGAAUCCAAGCAGCACUGUAAGUUUUGUUCAGGUGCUGUAUCUAAUGCUUCUCCAAGGGCUCCUGUUGUGUGAAUCCAAGCCGCACUGUAAGUUUUGUUCAGGUGCUGUAUCUUAAUGCUUCUCCAAGGGCUCCUGCUGUUGUGAAUCCAAGCAGCACUGUAAGUUUAGUUGAGGUGCUGUAUCUUAAUGCUUCUCCAAGGGCUCCUGCUGUUGUGAAUCCAAGCCGCACUGUAAGUUUAGUUGAGGUGCUGUAUCUUAAUGCUUCUCCAAGGGCUCCUGCUGUUGUGAAUCCAAGCAGCACUGUAAGUUUAGUUGAGGUGCUGUGUCUUAAUGCUUCUCCAAGGGUCCUGCUGUUGUCGUGUAGUAUGUUGUCAUUGAAUGACCAGUCCAUGUUAUAGCUUAUUGUAAACAUAGAUCCAAGAUAAGAUGAGACAAAAUAUAGUGCUUUAUCAAUCCUCAAAGGGGGAUUUGAUUGCACCAGUCAACACACACAACACCAGUAAAUACAUAGGAAAGGAUACACAGGCAUUAGAAGUAGCACAUCAAUGCAUCAUAAAAACGAAUUCUGUGUGUUCUCCCCUGCAGGUUAUUCGGACUACGAUGACAUGUCCCUGUCCUUCCUGGAGCGGUCUACGUCGUUCUACUCUCCCCCCCCCUUCCUCCUCCUCCUCCCUCCAGGCACUGCCUGUACCCCCGAGCCAUCCUCUCUGUCGACCUCACCGGAGAGAGUGAGUGGGAAACGCCUGACAGGGCAACUUUUAUAGAUAUUUAUGUAUAUACAUACAUACAUUACCAGUCAAAAGUUUGGACACCUACUCAUUCAAGGGUUUUUCUUUAUUUUUGUACUAUUUUCUACAUUGUAGAAUAAUAGUGAAGACAUCAAAACUAUGAAAUAACAUAUAUGGAAUCAUGUAGUAACCAAAAAAGUGUUAAACAAAUCAAAAUAUAUUUUAUAUUUGAGAUUCUUCAAAUAGCCACCCUUUGCCUUGAUGACAGCUUUGCACACUCUGCUAGUGUAUGUGUAUCAACCAAGCACAUGUCAUCUUUACGUUAAUGUGCUGUUCAUAUUGUUGAACUCACAUAUAGGCACAAUGUCUGAGAGGUCAGAUUGUUGUUAUUGUUCUUUAUUACACAGCAUUACUCUGAAUCAGACAUGUUGACCCUACAGAAUGGUUGUUUUCUGAGGAGAGACUUUUGUGUCAUAUUCUUAGGAAGUGUACACAUUGCUGAAGAAUAUUGUUGUAGAAUAUUGAAAAAGGAAAGUAUCCUAUCUGCGCACUUGUGGGUUUUUGAGACGGAAUUCAUUUUUUCUAGGUUGACAUUGUGAGGGAGUAUUUACUAGUUAUCUAACUAUCAGUUUUAGUUUUAGGAUUCUGUCAGUUGUUCUGCUAGAACUGAAUCAUGGGGACCCUCAAGGAGUUCCAUAACACAGUCCCACUCUUAACCGUCACCCAUAACUUUCCACCUGAAAUGAAGAGCUGUGUACAUUACAUGAAUGUACGCUUUCAUCAUAAUGUUGUACAUGAAAUCAAACAGUAGUCAUUUUGCUUCACAUCAUGUCUAUUGAAGUGUUUACAUAUGAGUUCAUGACAGCCUGUGGGAUGUUCCCUCACAUAGGGAACAGCAGACAUCCACUGAAGGUGCUGUGGUUAUUGUGAUCGUCGUAGAUACAGUAGCCUGACAAGAGACUCAUUUGGACCAUGUCCCCUUUCUCCAACUCUAGAAUCGCUGCAUUGGAUAGAUAAUGGUUGGCCUUUUCAUUCCACUGACCGGACCACAUAACAGACUUGCCAUUCUUAUACAACAGAACAGACAACCCCUUGGAGGUUUUGUUGUCUAUGGCAGUGAAUCUGAUGAAGUAGACCCCUCUCACUGGUGCUGUGAAGAUACCUGCCUCAAGAGGUGCUGUGAGAUACCUGCCUCAAGAGGUGCUGUGAAGAAAUCUGUAUCAGAGGAGAGGCAGGGAGACAUCAGCACUGUUCAAGUCUCAGACACUGGAGCAGCAUGUUAGUGAUGUUGGACUACAGUACCUUUAGCCGGACCCCUGUGGACGUGUGUCUAUACAUGUAGAUUGGUAUGUAAGCGGUACCUGUAACUGAGCAGUAGGCUUGGCCGAUGUUGGGGAAGACUUUGCGGUAGACCACUGUGUUAAAAGGUCCUGCUGUAUGUCACGAACCGGCUCAAGUUCAUAACAAAAGGGAGACACGUGGAGACAAGGAAUACUCAAAGUAUAUAUUUAUUAACUAAAGUAAACUAAAUCAAAUAACAAUGGUGUGUGUAAUCAGUAAUCAGUAGUGUAAGUGAGUGUUUGCAUGCAUAAAUGUAAUAUGGAAAGGUGUUGAUAGGUGCCAAAGCAAACAACCAAAAAGCCACAAAAAUACCACAACCAAAAUCAAAGUAUCUGCCUGGAGAGAGUCUCCUCAAUGAAUGUGGAAGAGGUCCAUUUAUGCUGGGACACACCUGGCCCAGGUGUUUCCCAUGUAGCUGACGACCCUCCCAACUCCGCCCAUCGGCAUCCUAAUAAGGAAACAAGAGCAAAGAGAGAAUACGGCAGACAGAGUGGGAGGGUCGUCACAUAUAUUACCUAAACCAGCGUAGAAUGCCACCUUUGGUCUCUCUGUGAAGCCAAAAGGUUUUAGAGCAAUAUUGAGGAAUGUUGAGAAAGAUACAGGAACUAGUGAGACCAUAUUACAUGGUAACAGAUGACAUGAUGCUGAGAGUCUGUUUAUUGUGCUGUAUCUGCGUUCACUGUCUUCAGGUCUUCCACCGCUGUCUCACCAACAGUCACUCUGGCCCACAUGCCAGCUGCUUGGACUGGAAUUAUAGUAAAAAAUGAUCAGAUAUCAACAUUUAUAUAGAAGACCCAAUAUAAAAUAAGUAAUUUAGUACAGUAAUUUAAAGAAUGUGAGCAGUGUGUUUACACUUUUUAUUCUCUCUCUCUCGCUCGCUCGCUCCCUCCCUCCCUCCCUCCCUCCCUCCAGACCUGUCAGACAUAGACUUCCUAGAGGACUCGACCACAGAGAGCCUGCUGUUUAGUGGAGAUGAAUACAACCAGGUAGGGUUGUCACAAUACUACCAUCAUUUGUUUAUGGCAACAAAGAAAACACGAAGCAGACUAAACUCCAUGGCCCUUUAAGAACCUCCUCUAUGUAAAAGAUAGUGUGCUAUAGCUUAGGAAAUGUAUAUAUGUGACAACAUGACUAAGGGGGUUUGUUUUGAACCCUCCAACCAGGACUUUGACUCUCUGAACAUGGAGGACUUCCAGGAGGAGGAUGAGGACGGUACCCAGGAGAUCGUCCGCUGUAUCUGUGAGAUGGACGAGGAGAACGGAUUCAUGAUUCAGGUAUUGACUGGCUGACUGGCUGGCUGGCUGGCUGGCUGGCUGACUGACUGGUACCUGGCUGACUGGCUGGCUGACUGACUGACUGGCUGGCUGGCUGGCUGGCUGACUGGUGACUGACUGGCUGACUGACUGGCUGACUGACUGACUGACUGGCUGGCUGGCUGACUGACUGGUGACUGACUGACUAAUGACUGACUGACUGGUGACUGACUGGCUGACUGGCUGACUGACUGGCUGGCUGACUGGUGACUGACUAACUACUGACUGACUGGCUGGCUGGCUGACUGGCUGACUGACUGACUGACUGACUGGCUGGCUGACUGACUGGCUGGCUGGCUGGCUGGCUGACUGGCUGACUGACUGGUGACUGACUGACUGACUGGUGACUGACUGACUGACUGACUGACUGGCUGGCUGGCUGACUGGCUGACUGACUGGCUGGCUGACUGGCUGGUGACUGGCGGGCUGGCUGGCUGGCUGGCUGGCUGGCUGACUGGCUGACUGGCUGACUGACUGGAGCCCUCAGACUAUUGUUCUGGCUGAGGUAGGGUUGGAAAAUUCCAGUCCCUUGUGGUGUAAAUUCAACACCAGGGACACCUAUCAAUGUUAAAUGAAUCACUCUUUAUUAUCAGUUAACUGGAGAGGUUACAACAAACACACGUACAAAGUACAAGUCUGCCACAAGCUCCGCCAGGGCGGUCCCUUCAGUCCUCUUAUAUACUGCUACUCAAAAAACCUACAUAGGCCUGGUUCAUAGGGUUGGUUCCUGCAGGUGACUUCCAGAACAUAUUCUGGGUGUUGGUCUGAGGUGGUGGUCACAGUCACCUGCAGGAACCAGGAUGGAGCAGAGAAGAUGCAUACUGUGUACAUUUCAAGGCUAUCUCUUCAGACUAUAAAAUGUUCCCUUAUACCCUCUCCCCAAAUUCCCAGGUUUUCCAGAAAUCCUGUUUAGAAGAUUCCUGAAAUCAGGGCGGAAUAAGUCGGAAAUCUGGAAUCCUCCGACCGGGAUUUCUGUAAAAACUGGGAAUUUGGGGAGAGCAGACAUAGUAAUGGGGCCUAAACAUGUCUGUUGUUAUCAUGUGUUUAAACAUGGUUCAGACCUGGGUUCAGAUAGGAUUUGUUUCCCCCUAAACACACACACUUCAGUCUCUCUCUCUCUCUGUUUCAGUGUGAGGAGUGUAUGUGCUGGCAGCACAGUGUGUGCAUGGGGCUUCUGGAGGACAGCAUCCCAGAUCAGUACAUAUGUUACAUCUGCAGAGACCCUCCAGGUAACACACUGUAACUUCAUACCCUACACUCCCCUAACUAUAGAUCUAGGAUCAGAUUACUCUACUCCCCAACCUAAACCAUUAGGGGGAUGAAAAAUAAUCUCACCCUGUUGUCAGUGGUUAGAGGCAAUUUUUAGCCUGGUUCCCGAUUCGUGUGUGCUCUUGCCAACUCCAUUGCGGUCAUUGUCAAGCCAAACAUGACAGUGGCGCAGUGGUCUAAGGCACUGCAUCUCAGUGCUUGAGACGUCACUACAGACCCCCUGGUUCGAUUCCAGGCUGUAUCACAACCGGCCGUGAUUGGGAGUCCCAUAGGGCGGCGCACAAUUGGCCCAGCGUCGUCCGGGUUUGGCCGGUGUAGGCCGUCAUUGUAAAUAAGAAUUUGUUCUUAACUGACUUGCCUAGUUAAAUAAAGGAUUUUUAAAAAAAGAGUGACAAGGAGUUGGCGUGAUAGCACAAACAGACUGGCACUGAGGUUAGGCAACUUCUACCUACCCUAUACAAUUUACAAACAAGAUAUUCAUACAUUAUUAUUAUCAUCAACAUGUUGGUUGUCUUCCUGACGUAUCCGUUUGUUUUUGUUGUUUAGGUCAAAGGUGGAGUGCCAAAUAUCUCCAUGACAAAGACUGGUUGAACAAGGGUCACAUGUAUGGCCUGUCCUUCCUCUCUGAGAACUACUCUCAGCAGAACUCUAAGAAGACUGUCUCCACCCAUCAGCUGUUAGCAGACGUGUUCAGUGUUAACAACAUACUACACGGACUACAGCUCAAGAUGGACAUACUACAGUAGGUCACCUUUCAACACGAAGGGCAACAUUUUCAUCACACAAAAGAGUGCAGAUCUGUGCAAAGAAAACUGUGAAACCCAUUAUAAUGUUUUUUCUUCUUCAAAGAUGUGAGUUUAAAGGGGGCCCCAUAGGGCUCUGGUCAAAAGUAGUGCACUAUAAAGGAAACAGGGUGCCAUUUGAAACGCAGCCAUGGUCAUUUGGAGUUAAAAUGAACCGUUAUUUUCUUGUCCACCUAUAGGAACAAACACAAUCCCAAUUUGCACUUCUGGGCUCGGUCGUGGGUGAACUCUGACGAGGACCAGCCCAUGGGCGGUCUCCCUGACUGCAUUCACUUCACAGAUCACCUUGACGACAAAUCUCUGGACAACCAGAACUCCUCCAAGCCAGACACGUACAUCACCAGCGAACACAGGUACACGUUCAGCUGUCUGUGUAAUACGGUGUUUUUAGUAGUGAUGGGCACUGAUAUGCAAUCUAACAAUAUCCAUAUCGAAUUGAAUUAUUGAUAUUGGUGCCCGUCACUAGUUUACAGUGUGUUCAUAGAUGUAUGUGAUUGAUCAUUGUCUAGGCUUUGUAAUCACUCUUCUCUGCCCUACAGCUACCAGAAACCCCCCAGCCCCGGACAGCUGGAGCACCGGCCCGCUGCAGACCCCAAUAGCUCCAACAGCCAGGAGGGAGGAGGGGUGGGGGCGGAGUUGGUGGUGGCUAAUGCUAACCCCGCCUCCCACUCCAUCCAGUUCAAGGAAGAGGAGGUAAGAAAGGUGUUGAUCUUAAUUGCCUCUUGUUUAUUUAUUUUUUAAAUUAAAUUUUACCUUUAUUUAACUAGGCAAGUCAGUUAAGAACAAAUUCUUAUUUACAAUGACGGCCUACACCGGCCAAACCCGGACGACGCUGGGCCAAUUGUUUGCUUUUAAGAAGAUCACUUUAUUCAUCAGUUAUACACCAGGUCCAACUGGAAUGUGACUUCUACUUUAUCCCAACCCCUCCGAAAGACACACAUACAGGUUGGAGAUGUUGGAGCAGGGGGCUGCUUUAUCCCAACAACCCCUCAUAAAUACAAUACAUAUACUACAUGGAGAGGUUGGAGCAGGGGGCUGCCACACGGCACCGUGGAGCAGUUGUUUUGGGGUGUUAAGUGCGCAACGGCAGGCCAUGGUAUCUAGGAUUUGAUUCAAGUAACCCUCCGGUUGCCAGCUCACUUCCGGACAGAUUUUUCCUGUCAGACCCGGGAUUCGAACUGACAACCCUCCGGUUGCUGUCUCGCCUCUCUAACUACUAGGCUAUCGGCAUUCAUUUACAUUUUUUAACUGUAAAAUGUGUUGCGAUCAAUUUUGAUUUAGAUUUUGAUGGUUGAGUUAAUGCUGUGUGUUGUCAACAGAAGACGACUGCCGUGGCUUUGCCUGGCUGCCUGGAUGAGAGGGGUUCAGACUCAGUGCUGGAUGUGCCUGGCUGCCUGGAUGAGAGGGGUUCAGACUCAGUGCUGGCUGUGCCUGGCUGCCUGGAUGAGAGGGGUUCAGACUCAGUGGAACAUGCCAGGAACUGUCUCCAGUGGCAGAUGAACCUCCUCACUCACAUAGAAGAUGUUCAGAACCAGGUGGCAGGCAGAAUGGACCUCAUAGAGAAGGAGCUUGAUGGUAAAUGGGGUGGCCUGGGUGGUCUAGAGAAGGAGCUUGGUGGUAAAUGGGGUGGUCUAGAGAAGGAGCUUGAUGGUACAUGGGGUGGCCUGGGUGGUCUAGAGAAGGAGCUUGGUGGUAAAUGGGGUGGUCUAGAGAAGGAGCUUGACGGUAAAUGGGGUGGUCUGUCCUAUCCAAUAAAUACUGUCCUAUCCAAUAAACUAAUAAUACACUGUCCUAUCCAAUAAACUAAUAAUACACUGUCCUAGCCAAUAAACUAAUAAUACACUGUCCUAGCCAAUAAACUAAUAAUACACUGUCCUAGCCAAUAAACUAAUAAUACACUGUCCUAGCCAAUAAACUAAUAAUACACUGUCCUAUCUAUAAACUAAUAAUACACUGUCCUAUCCAAUAAACGAAUAAUACACUGUCCUAUCCUAUAAACUAAGAAUACACUGUCCUAUCCAAUAAACUAAUAAUACACUGUCCUAUCCUAUAAACUAAUAAUACACUGUCCUAUCCAAUAAACUAAUAAUACACUGUCCUAUCCUAUAAACUAAUAAUACACUGUCCUAUCCAAUAAACUAAUAAUACACUGUCCUAUCCAAUAAACUAAUAAUACACUGUCCUAGCCAAUAAACUAAUAAUACACUGUCCUAGCCAAUAAACUAAUAAUACACUGUCCUAGCCAAUAAACUAAUAAUACACUGUCCUAUCCUAUAAACUAAUAAUACACUGUCCUAUCUAUAAACUAAUAAUACACUGUCCUAUCCAAUAAACUAAUAAUACACUGUCCUAUCCUAUAAACUAAGAAUACACUGUCCUAUCAAUAAACUAAGAAUACACUGUCCUAUCCAAUAAACUAAUAAUACACUGUCCUAUCUAUAAACUAAUAAUACACUGUCCUAGCCAAUAAACUAAUAAUACACUGUCCUAGCCAAUAAACGAAUAAUACACUGUCCUAGCCAAUAAACUAAUAAUACACUGUCCUAUCCAAUAAACGAAUAAUACACUGUCCUAGCCAAUAAACUAAUAAUACACUGUCCUAUCAAUAAACUAAGAAUACACUGUCCUAUCUAUAAACUAAUAAUACACUGUCGUAUCAAUUAACUAAUAAUACACUGUCCUAUCCAAUAAACUAAUAAUACACUGUCCUAUCUAUAAACUAAUAAUACACUGUCCUAUCCUAUAAACUAAGAAUACACUGUCCUAUCAAUAAACUAAGAAUACACUGUCCUAUCAAUAAACUAAGAAUACACUGUCCUAUCCAAUAAACUAAGAAUACACUGUCCUAGCUUAUAAACUAAUAAUACACUGUCCUAGCUUAUAAACUAAGAAUACACUGUCCUAUCAAUAAACUAAGAAUACACUGUCCUAUCCAAUAAACUAAUAAUACACUGUCCUAGCUUAUAAACUAAUAAUACACUGUCCUAUCUAUAAACUAAGAAUACACUGUCCUAGCCAAUAAACUAAUAAUACACUGUCCUAUCUAUAAACUAAUAAUACACUGUCCUAUCCAAUAAACUAAUAAUACACUGUCCUAUCCAAUAAACUAAUAAUACACUGUCCUAUCCGAUAAACUAAUAAUACACUGUCCUAUCCUAUAAACGAAUAAUACACUGUCCUAUCCUAUAAACGAAUAAUACACUGUCCUAUCUAUAAACGAAUAAUACCAAUGGAGUGGGAGGGAAUGACUCUGUUGUAAAUGAAGAAGGAACUAACUCGUUCUUACCUUAUUAGAUCCUAACCGUCUCUCUCUCUCUACGUCCCUCAGUGUUGGAGAGCUGGCUGGAUUUCACUGGGGAGUUGGAGCCUCCGGACCCCCUGGCCAGACUGCCUCAGCUUAAACACCGCAUCAAGCAGCUCCUCACAGACCUGAGCAAGGUGCAACAGAUGAGCACCCUGUGUUCUGUGUGAGUUUGUGUUAGCCAGAGUCUGGCCUGGGUCUGGCCUGAGUCUGGUCUGGCCUGGGUUAGCAUGGCAACAGCACUAGGCACCUGGUGGCAUCACAGCACUGCACAUAGGAGAGUCCUAUCCAAACCCAGGGUGUACCCACUACCCGCUGACAUAGACAGACAGAACCCCCUCCUCUCUCUGUGGAGCCGAAGCACACCGUCUGCUGUGGGCCAUAAACUGUCAAACUGA